GCUCUGCUCCCCGAGGGAGGAAUUUUUUGACAGCGCAGAGAAAUCUCACUGGGGACUGGGCAGUAGGACCCAUCCCGAUCCUGGGGAAAACCAGAGAAGUAGCUGGGGGGAUCCGGUGCCACCUCGUGAGAUUCCUAAGAGUGAAAUGUAUAGGCCCGGGGAAAAGUGUUUUUUCAGCCCCGAGAGGCUGGAAGGCUUUAGACUUUCCUGUCGUGGUCACAGCCGCUGAAUCCGGGGGACCGGCGCGGAGCCAAUACUCUUGCAAGCCGGAUGCCCUCUGUGGAUGAAAGAUGUAUCGUGGAAUGAACCCGAGCCAUGGAGAUGGAUUUCUAGAGCAGCAGCAGCCUCAGUCCCCCCAGAGACUCUUGGCCGUGAUCCUGUGGUUUCAGCUGGCGCUGUGCUUCGGCCCUGCACAGCUCACGGGCGGCUUCUCUGCAGAAUGUCAAACAAAGAUCGACACAUUGAUUCCAGCUGUUCGUCCUUCAUCAAGACGGAACCCUCCAGCCCGGCCUCCCUGAGGGACAGCGUCAACCACCACAGCCCAGGUGGCUCUUCAGACGCCAGCGGGAGCUACAGUUCAACCAUGAAUGGCCAUCAGAACGGACUUGAUUCGCCACCUCUCUACCCUUCUGCGCCUAUCCUAGGAGGUAGUGGGCCUGUCCGGAAACUGUACGAUGACUGCUCCAGCACCAUUGUUGAAGACCCCCAGACCAAGUGCGAAUACAUGCUCAACUCGAUGCCCAAGAGACUGUGUUUAGUGUGCGGUGACAUCGCGUCUGGGUACCACUAUGGGGUAGCAUCCUGUGAAGCCUGCAAGGCAUUCUUCAAGAGGACGAUUCAAGGUAAUAUAGAAUAUAGCUGCCCUGCCACGAAUGAAUGUGAAAUCACAAAGCGCAGACGUAAAUCCUGCCAGGCUUGCCGCUUCAUGAAGUGUUUAAAAGUGGGCAUGCUCAAAGAAGGAGUGCGUCUUGACAGAGUACGUGGAGGUCGGCAGAAGUACAAGCGCAGAAUAGAUGCGGAGAACAGCCCGUACCUGAACCCUCAGUUGGUUCAGCCAGCCAAAAAGCCAUAUAACAAGAUUGUCUCACAUUUAUUGGUGGCUGAACCGGAGAAGAUCUAUGCCAUGCCUGACCCUACUGUUCCCGACAGUGACAUCAAAGCCCUCACUACACUGUGCGACUUGGCCGAUCGAGAAUUGGUGGUUAUCAUUGGAUGGGCGAAGCAUAUUCCAGACUUAGCUUUGGAACCAAACCCUUCUGACCACCCAAGGCCAAGCACAGUUUGUCUGAGCAAAUCUCAAACAGAGGUGCGGGAAAAGACGAAGAGCAACCCUUUAAACCAUGUUCCUAUUAUUCGGAUGUUGGAAGUCUUAGACUUACCAGAUCGGCGGAUUCUUAACCACUGCGCCACCAGGGAAGUCCCAUUCCUUCUUCCUGUUUUGAUCUCUUACUUGUUGGGGGCUUCCCUCAAACGAGUGAUGGUCCUUGGCUGUCUGUUAAGAUCUAAUUGGAAGCAUCACUUGGACAACUCGUUAACUGAUGGGCCUCACUGCAAGGAUUUGGGGACCACGCCUCUGAACUCUGAGCCUGCCUUGGGUUCCGUAUCUCCAGGGCAGCUUACUAAAAAGUAUAGCUCAUGCUCAACAAUAUUUCUAGAUGACAGCACAGUCAGCCAGCCUAAUCUUAGAACCACAGUAAAAUGUUUGACCUUAGCAAUAUAUUACCACAUAAAGAACAGAGAUGCAGAUAGAUCCUUGGAUAUUUUUGAUGAGAGAUUACAUCCACUCACACGAGAAAAGGUUCCAGAGGAAUACUUCGAGCAUGAUCCUGAACACAAAUUCAUUUACAGAUUUGUUCAUGCUCUUUGUAGUGCCACACAGCUAACUGCUGAAAGUGCAGUAAUAACUUUGGUUUACUUAGAAAGGCUUUUAACUUAUGCUGAGAUCGACAUUUGCCCCACUAACUGGAAAAGAAUUGUUUUGGGAGCCAUUCUUCUUGCCUCCAACUUUUGGGACAAUCAGGAUGUAUGGAAUGUGGACUACUGUCAGAUCCUCAAGGACAUUACAGUUGAGGACAUGAAUGAGAUGGAAAGGCACGUCCUGGAGCUACUUCAUGUGGAUAUUAUUGUUCCUUUCAGUGUGUAUGUCAAACACUACUUUGACCUUCGCUCCUUAGCAGAUGACAACAACCUGAAUGUUCUAUUCACUCCUCUUAGCAAAGAAAGAGCACAGAACUUAAAGGCCAUUUCCAGAUUGUGUGACGACGAAUACAAAGACGUGUGUAGAGCUGCUAUGAGAAGGUCUUUCAGCGCUGAUAAUUUCAUUGGUAUUCGGCGCUCCAAUGCCAUCCUCUCUUAAGGGAGAAGUGAGGGGUUGUAACAU